CCGCGGGUCAAGGGUGCUGGGCUGUCCCGGCAAGAGAGCGAUUUGGUGAACAGGACCCCCACCCCUUCCUUAGCCAUGGAUUGUUUCAGAACUUCGCUGGGCAAUUCCUGGGUUUAUCCCACUGUGAUCCUCUGCUUAUUUGGGUUUUUCUCUAUGAUGAGACCCUCGGAACCCUUCCUUAUCCCAUAUUUGUCUGGACCUAGUAAGAACCUGACCAGCACACAGAUCACAAAUGAGAUCCUUCCAGUUUGGACAUACUCGUAUCUGGUGCUGCUGCUCCCGGUCUUCGUCCUCACCGAUUACGUCCGCUAUAAGCCGGUCAUCAUCUUACAAGGGCUUAGCUUCAUCAUCACCUGGCUGCUGCUCUUGUUUGGUCAAGGAGUGAAAGCCAUGCAGGCUGUGGAGUUCUUCUACGGGAUGGUCACUGCCACCGAGGUGGCCUACUAUGCCUACAUAUACAGCGUGGUCAGCCCAGAGCACUACCAGAAGGUCAGCGGCUACUGUCGGAGCAUCACGCUGGUGGCCUACACUGCGGCCUCGGUGCUGGCUCAGCUGCUGGUCACCCUGGUGAACCUGUCAUACUUUUAUCUCAACGUCAUAAGCAUGGUCUCUGUGUCCGUGGCCUUCCUGUUCUCACUUUUUCUGCCAAUGCCCAAGAAAAGCUUGUUCUUUCAUGCAAAAUCCAGCACGGAAGUAAAGGAGCCCCCAGAUGUGGGGACUGUGGUAGAGGACCCCCAUGGGACUGAAGUACCAGGCUGGAAAGAGAACCCCACCUCGGAAAAAAUCAAUGUGUCUGGAAGCCUGGCUCAUGGCCAGCUGAGCAGCCCAAAGCCCAAACAUGUGGCUUUGCACGUUAUUGUGCAGUGGAUCCGAGAUUUGAAGGAAUGCUACUCCUCAAGGCGUCUGCUGUACUGGUCCCUGUGGUGGGCCUUUUCCACAGCAGGUUUUAACCAAGUUUUGAACUAUGUUCAGAUCCUGUGGGAUUACAAGGCACCGUCACAAGAUUCUUCCAUCUACAAUGGGGCGGUGGAAGCAAUUGCAACAUUCGGAGGGGCUGUGGCUGCCUUUGCAGUGGGUUAUGUGAAAGCCGACUGGGAUCUCCUGGGAGAGUUGGCCUUGGGGAUCUUCUCAGUGGUCAAUGCAGCCUCUCUAUUCCUCAUGCACUACACAGCUAGCAUCUGGGCCUGCUACGCCGGCUACCUGGUGUUCAAGUCCAGCUAUAUGCUUCUAAUAACCAUAGCAGUGUUUCAGAUUGCAGUCAAUCUGAGUGUGGAACGCUACGCCCUUGUGUUCGGGGUCAACACCUUCAUUGCCUUGGUGAUUCAGACCAUUCUAACCAUCGUCAUAGUCGAUCAAGGAGGGCUGAACCUGCCAGUUAGCAUUCAGUUUUUAGCUUAUGGGAGUUACUUUGCAGUUAUUGCUGGGAUUUUCUUAAUGAGAAGCCUAUACAUUAUCUGUUCAGCAAAAUGCCCACAGAAGGCACGGAGCCCUGCUGCGAGUCAGAAUCCAGAUGGGCCACACUCGGAGGAGCCAAGGACUAGCACAUCAACGAAGUUCUGAGCAUGCGAUGUCAUCUGCUACACCAGUUUUCAGAGUCACUGGAUGGAAAUGUACAAAAGGCCUUUGAGACGGAUGGCUUGAUAUGUUCUGCUGUUAGUUGACAAGCUUUACAAGUCUGAAUUCAGUGCACUUUCAAAACCACAACAAAACCUCAGCUCUAGACUAAUGGCUUUGUGUCCAGCUGAACGGGAUGCUAUCAAAAGAGCCCAUCAUCACAAGGUUGGGGACCUAUGGUGGCCACUCCCAUAAACAACAGUAAUUGGAAAAUUUUGUUUCUGACAAUGUGCAAGAGUGUGAAAAUGACAUGAAAACAAACCAUGAGAAAACUCCAGCCAUCCUAACGUGGCAUUUCACAUUUGUGAGCAGAAAGACUACCUAGACUGACCUGCUGGUUGGCUGAGAUACUUUUUUGAUCUUACCAGAGGAGACAACACAAAGAGCAUUGUUGUCAAGUAGCCUUUUUUUUUUUCCUUUUCCAAUGAGUAUUUCUGUUUAAUUUACAGUUCUCUGAGAGAAUGAUAUUGGUCCCAUUUCUAAGGACUCUUCAUUCCCGAUAACAGCAUUAUUCAUACGCUAUGAUUUGAUGAUAUCGCUAUUUAAGUCUUUUCAUGAUUUAAAUUUUUUGCUCUGCUGAGCUUUGUGGUUUAAACUCUACCUCAGGAAUGGCUCUAGAUGUUUUGUGUGUCUGCAAAAUGACAUUCACACCCGUUCCCAGUGGCCUGGGGGAGGCAAUGGGCCAUCUCCCCACCAGGACCCUAGGCUGGGGUUUUAAUGCUACAUCAGAGUAAGGUAUGUCUGAAAUAAAGAAAACUUAUGAAGAAAUUUCCAGGGAAUUCUAGAAGCAUUUGUCAUAAGAAAACACUCAUGGCGGGGACAGAGGAUUAAAAAACACCAGCUUUUUAAACAACAAAGAUUGUGCUAAA